GUAUUGUUUCUUGGACGACCUUCAAGUAACCUUUUACUGUCGCAAACAUUUAAGCACGGUUUUGAUAACCUUUUACUGCUCGCAAAACUGUCUCCCUUUGCUCCAAGGGAGUAAUAGGAAACAAAAACACCAAGUGAUAGAAAAGCUCGGUUCCUGUGGACCGAUAUAAUGUCACUUUCAGCUGCUAUUGACAAUGAAACAUCGUGAUCAAAACCCAGUAUACGGACCAAAAGUUGUACCUCGACUUGCUCAGGCGUCAUCCCGACCAUUACAUACAAAUACAAGAUCUGACUGUUAUUAUUGCAAUCGCUUCGGAAAAUUGGCACGCAAAUGUGGUCAUAAUGAUGCUUUCUUGUCCAAAAGAUCAUCAGCAAACAGAUUUGGGGCUCAAUGCAUUCAAAAUGAAAAUAUAGUCCAAAGAACAAAAUUAAAUAGGGCAGUUAUUCCAUCUGUGCCUCCUCCUUCAUCAUUUCCUGUACCUGGUUUACCUCCGACUCCUCCACCUACUUAUCAGGAAAGCGUUACUUUACCACUUCCUCCAGAAUACGAAGAAAGACUGCCAGAAGUUAUUGUUACACAACCACCUGCAACUGUAUUCAAAUGGAAUCCGGUGGCUAUGACAUGUCCUUAUUGUCAUCAUAUUAUUGUUACUAAAGUGAGGUCCGAGUCAGGACUAUUAGCUUGGUUACUUUGUGGAGUUAUGUUUUUAACUGGAUUAUGGAUCUUUUGUCUCAUUCCUUUCUAUUUGAAAUCAACACAAGAUGUUGUCCAUAUUUGUCCACUUUGUAAAUCACAAUUAGGUAGUUAUAAACCAUUGUGAAUAGGUAAACACAAUGAAAAAACUUACUCAUCUACAUUCUCAACAAAUACAUCAUGAAUUUUUUGUCUAUACUGGUGAUAAUUUAUUGUUCAUUCUUCAUUUUUGUUAAAACAAUAACUGUUUUGUAUUUUGUUAUUAACAAUAUUAAUAUUGUUUAACGACCAAUUAACGACAAACUGAUUGGUUGUCAUCAUCAUCAAUUAUCAUUCCAGAUUGUCGUGAAUAUUUUAUUUUGAUUGCAUAAAUUUACAAAUAUGUACACUU